AUGAGGUCUUCAAUGGCUGGAUCUGUAUCAAUUCUGAGGCGAAUGUAUUUGACAAUUUAUAAUUGGGUUGUCUGCGCUGGAUGGUUUAAAAUAUUGUACUUAGCUUUAAGGACGCUAUAUGAAUCAGGACACGAACAUGUUUACAGAGCCAUCGAAAAGCCACUGUUAUUAGCUCAAUCUGCUGCCUGUUUUGAGAUACUCCAUGGUUGCAUGGGUUUGGUAAGAUCUCCAAUCUCAGCAACACUGCCUCAAGUAAGUUCAAGGUUAUAUGUAGUGUGGGGAAUUCUGUAUAACUUUCCUGAGGUUCAAACACAUCCCCUUGUUAGCUUUAUGGUUAUCUGUUGGUGUACCACUGAGAUUAUUCGAUAUUCUUUCUUUGGUACAAAGGAAGGAUUUAGUUAUACACCUUUCUGGCUAUUAUGGCUCAGGUAUAGUACAUUUCUAGUAUUGUAUCCAUGUGGAAUUGCGAGCGAAGUUUCUUUAAUCUAUAACGCCUUACCUUUUAUAAAGGAAUCUGGAUGUUGUUCAGUAAGGAUGCCUAACAAAUGGAACUUUUCAUUUGAUUACUUUUAUUGUGCGAUCAUGGUGCUUGGAGUUUACGUGCCAGGAAUUCCCCAUUUGUAUGGUUAUAUGCUUAGGCAAAGGAAGAAAACUCUAUCCAUAUAA